GCCCGAACGGUAUUCGACAAAAGUCAAGUGAAAUUUAUGCCGUCAAUAUACAGUUGCUCGGGAUGGAAACGUAGAUCACCUCUCCUAACGUCAAUCGAAGUUGGCCCGAAAGAGAAAGGCCUCUCCAUGGUCAUUUUGCCUUGGAGCUCAACCAAUCGUCAAAGGGUCAUUUCAUGAAAUCCAUCCGCCAAGGCUACAGGCAUUCUACGAGGAAGAACCAGCACAUUUUCGCUACCAAUCGGGACGUAUUCACUCUGCCUGUCGAUGAGCCGGGAGUGUAACACGUUUGAACGAUUUGCAAAUGUACGAGCUUCGCCCUCUCAUUUUCUGGAAAUACACAACCUUGCCCUAGGUCAAUGGUGGUAACCGAGGGACGCAAUGGUUCAUGUACUCAGAUUGAGAGUCAAGCUGCUCGUCAUCUUGGCCCUGACGGUGACCAACAUGAUCUUGCUUGCCAUUGUCAAGCCAAAGCAGGACCCAUACGAUCUCGUAUCAUUCAUCAAAGCAUCGGUGGGUUGGUCUGCCAGGUACCCUCCUGAUGAGGACACACACACACCUGCCUGGGACAAGAUUGUCGUCACUCCUGCCCGUGACGUCGACGAUAUUUCCUGGCUGGCAGAAGAUCUCCCUGGCUGGCAGCAUGCGGUAUAUUACGUCGACCGGUCGAGUGCCGUGGCGAGGAAUGACUCCUUACAGACGCCAAUCAACAAGGGCAACGAAGCGAUGGCAUAUUUGACCUACAUCAUCGACCACUACCACCGUCACAUCCCAUCGAUCGUGGUGUUUCUUCAUUCUCAUCGCAACGGCUUCUGGAAAGCGUGGCACGUCGACGAUCCACUACACAACAAUGCCAACACCCUGCGGCACCUGCAACUCGACCACGUCAGACGACAAGGCUACGUCAACCUCCGCUGCAACUGGAACCCGGGGUGUACGGAGGUUUUGGAACCAAACCCUCAUCUGACGAACCGGACCUGGGACGAAAUCUUUGCAAACACCACCACCCCCUUUUUCGAAUCUAGCCCCGGGAAACCUGCGGCUUCAAGCCAAAUGACCGCGGACCACGGAGACGUCUUUUCGAGGAGGGUCUGGACGUCUUGCUGCGCUCAGUUCGCAGUGUCGCGAGAGCAGAUAUAUCUCCGACCACUGCAGGAUUAUGUCAACAUCCGGCAGUGGUUGCUUGAAACGGACCUCGAGGAUUGUUUGAGUGGGAGGAUCAUGGAGUACUUGUGGCACGUCAUUUUUGGCCAAGAAGCUAUACAGUGA